CAGCAGGCCCUCCGUGCCCCUCGCUGGCUGGGAAGCCCUAUUCUCCGGCCUGAGUUCUCCAAGGUCCCGGGACCGACUGAGAGGAUCCCGGCCGGCCGGCAUCUCUCUGCGGAGCGGGCGGGCUGUGGGGCCCCACGCCGGCGCUGGCGGCCAUGGUGCGGCACGUGGACGACCUGGAUUUCUGCCUGCCCUCGCACGCCCAGGACAUGCUGGACGGCCUGCGGCGGCUGCGCUCGCAGCCCAAGCUGGCCGACGUCACGCUGCUGGUGGGGGGCCGGGAGCUGCCCUGCCACCGUGGCCUCCUGGCGCUCAGCAGCCCCUACUUCCAUGCCAUGUUUGCGGGCGACUUUGCGGAGAGUUUCUCAGCACGCGUGGAGCUGCGGGACGUGGAGCCCGCCGUGGUGGGGCAGCUGGUGGACUUCGUGUACACGGGCCGGCUGACCGUCACGCAGGGCAACGUGGAGGCGCUGACCCGCACGGCCGCCCGCCUGCACUUCCCCGCCGUGCAGAAGGUCUGCGGCCGCUACCUGCAGCAGCAGCUGGACGCCACCAACUGCCUGGGCAUCUGUGAGUUUGGGGAGCAGCAGGGGCUGUUGGGCGUGGCUGCCAAGGCCUGGGCCUUCCUGCGGGAGAACUUCGAGGCGGUGGCCCAGGAGGACGAGUUCCUGCAGCUGCCCCAGGACCGGCUGGCCACCUGUCUGGCUGGUGAGCUGCUGCAGGUGCAGCCGGAGCAGAGCCGGCUGGAGGCCCUGCUGCGCUGGGUGCGCCAUGACCCGCCGGCCCGGGCCGUCCACCUCCCCGAGCUGCUUGGCCUGGUGCGCCUGGACGCCGUGCCCAGACCCUGUGUGCAGCGGCUGCUGGCCACCGAGCCACUGAUCCAGGAGUCAGAGGCGUGCCGGGUGGCCCUGUCGCAGGGCCGCGAUGAGGCACUGCUCGCCCUCCCGCAGAAGCUGGAGGAGGUGCUGGUGGUGGUGGGCGGGCGGGCCCUGGAGGAGGAGGAGGAGGGCGCCGAGGAGCCCGCCCCGCACCCCAGGAACUUCGCCUUCUACAACAGCAAGGCCAAGAGGUGGAUGGCGCUCCCGGACUUCCCCGACUACCACAAGUGGGGCUUCUCCCUGGCCGUGCUGAACAACACUGUCUAUGUCACAGGUGGCUCCCGGGGCACCAAGACAGACACCUGGUCAACCACCCAGGCCUGGUGCUUCCCUCUGAAGGAGGCCACCUGGAAGCCAGUGGCACCCAUGCUGAAGGCCCGCACCAACCACGCCAGCACCGCGCUCAACGGGGAGAUCUAUGCCAUCGGCGGCACCACUCUGGACGCGGUGGAGGUGGAGAGCUAUGACCCCUACACGGACGCCUGGACCCCCGGCAGCCCCGCCCUCAAGUACGUCAGCAACUUCUCGGCGGCCAGCUGCGGGGGCCGGCUGUACCUGGUGGGGUCCCGCGCCUGCAAGUACAACCCUCUGGCUCUGCAGAGCUACAACCCUAUCACAGACGCAUGGCACGUGAUCACCUCGCCCUUCCUCCCCAAGUACCUGUCCUCGCCACGCUGUGCCGCGCUGCGGGGGGCCCUCUACCUGGUCGGCGACAACACCAAGAAGGUCUACGUGUACGACCCCGGGGCCAACCUGUGGCAGAAGGUGCAGCCUCUGCACAGCCUGCACGAGAAUGGCGCGCUGGUGCCGCUGGGCGACACGCUGUAUGUGACCGGCGGCCGCUGGCAGGGCAUGGACGGCGACUACCACGUGGAGAUGGAGGCCUACGACCGUGGGCGUGACACCUGGACCCGCCACGGCUCCCUGCCCCGCCUCUGGCUCUACCACGGGGCCUCUACGGUCUUUCUAGACGUGUCCAAGUGGACCCAGCCCUUCAGCCCGGCCCAGGAGCCCUGAGCAGCUCCUCGUCACACGGGGGCAGGGCCCGGCUGUGCCCCGACCCCGAGGGAUGGCCCCCCUUGGGGUUGUGCUUGUUUGUUCACUAGGUGCUGGGCUUGGGCCACCAGGGACAUCAGACGACACAGCCUGGGUCCCCACAGCCACCUCACUAACUGCAUGGAGCCGCAGUGAGGGCUUGGACUCCGGCCACCCGCACGGAGGGGAGAAGCCACUCUCCUGCCCACGGCGGGUCUAAGGCCUCAGACACAGCAGCCAAGGGGCCCUGGGGGUCGCACUGAGACAGCACCCCGAAUGGUGGCCGCCCCCAGCUAGGUGUCCUACCCGUGGCUUCCGAAGGUGUUGCACAAGGGAGGAGUGGCCCAGGAAGCUGCAUCAGAGAGCAAAGGUCCUGGGGUACGUGGGCACCAGGCCUCUGCAAGCCUGCUGCUGCCUGGCCCUCAGCUGUGUGACCGCAGCCGGCAGCUGCCUCUCUCUGGGCCUCAGGCUCCAUGUCCAUUAUGCACUGGGAAGGAAGGAGGCAGGGCGUGGGGUCAAGAGAGAGGGUCCGCUGUCUGUGUGGGGGUUGAGGGGCGAGAGGGUGAACAAAGCCUUCCCAGGGAGGUGAGCAGAAGGCAUGCUCUCUGGCCAGGAUCUCGCCUGUUUCUUAGGGUGGUUUUCUCCAAUGCAAGAAUGAAAAUCCCCAGCAGUGGGCCCAUGAGGGGAGAGGGUGCGGUCCUGCAGGGAUUUCUGGGGAUGCCUCUUGGGCGCGUUGGUGCCUCGCUCCCAGGUGGCCUCCUAAGCAAGGGUAGCGCCCAAUGGGCUCCCCUACCAGCACGCAGUGUGACUCAUGGUGUCUCGGGGCUGCCCCCACACCCCCUGAGUCUGACUGGGGUCCCAUGGAGAACUGGUACAACACCCCCCCACUCCUUCUCACUGGUCCUUAACAAGGUAUCCCACUGAAGGACUCUUACUGGUGCUAAGUGGCCCUCCCCCUUUGUUGCGAACUUCAUUGCGGCACACGGGGCUACAAGUUGGGGGUCCUAGGUCCAGCCUGGCUCCAGCCCUGGCACUGACCGUCUGGGGCCUCAGGAGCUCCCGCCUCCCUCUGGACUGAGUUUCCUCUCCUUGAAGGCUCUUCUUUGAAACCCCCUGGGGACCAGAGAGUCCUCUGGCAUCCCUGGGCUCUGAGGAAGGAAUCCCUAGGUCCCCUGACGUCCACCUUGCUCCCAGACCUGAAGCCUCAUGCCCGUUUCCUGUGGGAUGAUUGCAUUUGCCCCCCGGGGCUUAGACAGAGCAGGGCCUCCUGGGCAUCUGCUUCCAAAGGAGCAAGAGCUCCAGAUCUGAGGCCACCUAGUCAGCUGGUGGAGUGGAUGAACAUGAAGAUGACGGUUUCUGGGAUCCCUGAACCUUUCCCUAUGAAAAAUCCUCUGCAAUGUUUUCUAAACAGUUACUGAAGGUACUCAGCCAAACAUUGUUUCAAAACAAAGACUCAACAUGUUGAAUGGACUUCUUUUAUCACGAGCGGGUUG